GUCAUUUCUUUGUUUCCGAAGGCGGAGGAGGCUCUGACCCCCCCCACCGUGGCACCCCCCCCUCCCCCCGGGUGCUGGCUCCAUGUCUGUGUGACCGGCCCUAGGGGUAGAGUCCAGGCCCAACGCAGGGCGGGCCGGCGGCUGCGGCGGCUGAAGUGAGAGGCGGCGACGGCACGGGCGCGGGCGCGGGCCCCCCAGCGGGAGGAUGAAGCGGCGGAACGCCGACUGCAGUAAGCUUCGCCGCCCCCUAAAGCGGAACCGGAUCACCGAGGGCAUCUACGGCAGUACAUUUUUAUACCUGAAAUUCCUGGUAGUGUGGGCGCUUGUCCUCCUUGCAGAUUUUGUCCUGGAGUUCAGAUUUGAAUACCUGUGGCCAUUCUGGCUUUUCAUCAGAAGCGUCUAUGAUUCCUUCAGAUACCAGGGACUGGCCUUCUCAGUAUUUUUUGUUUGUGUAGCAUUCACAUCAAAUAUAAUCUGUCUGCUCUUCAUUCCCAUACAAUGGCUUUUCUUUGCUGCUAGCACAUAUGUGUGGGUUCAGUAUGUGUGGCACACAGAAAGAGGAGUGUGUUUGCCUACAGUAUCCCUCUGGAUACUCUUUGUUUAUAUUGAAGCAGCAAUUAGAUUUAAGGAUCUCAAAAAUUUUCAUGUAGACCUUUGUCGUCCAUUUGCUGCUCACUGUAUUGGGUACCCUGUGGUGACUUUGGGCUUUGGCUUCAAAAGUUAUGUGAGCUACAAAAUGAGAUUAAGGAAGCAAAAGGAAGUACAAAAGGAGAACGAAUUUUACAUGCAGCUUCUUCAACAGGCUCUCCCUCCAGAGCAGCAGAUGCUGCAGAAGCAAGAAAAAGAGGCUGAGGAAGCAGCCAAAGGACUACCUGAUAUGGAUUCCUCGAUCCUUAUACACCACAACGGCGGCAUUCCAGCCAACAAAAAACUGUCCACAACUUUACCAGAGAUAGAAUAUCGAGAAAAAGGGAAAGAAAAGGACAAGGAUGCCAAAAAACACAACCUUGGAAUAAAUAACAACAAUAUUCUACAACCUGUAGACUCUAAAAUACAAGAAAUUGAGUAUAUGGAAAACCAUAUCAACAGUAAAAGAUUAAAUAAUGACCUUGUGGGAAGUACAGAAAAUCUCUUGAAAGAGGACUCAUGUACUGCUUCCUCAAAAAAUUAUAAAAAUGCCAGUGGGGUUGUGAACUCCUCACCUCGAAGUCACAGCGCCACAAAUGGGAGCAUUCCUUCCUCAUCUAGUAAAAAUGAAAAGAAGCAGAAGUGCACUAGCAAGAGCCCAAGUACACACAAGGACUUAAUGGAAAAUUGUAUUCCUAAUAACCAGCUAAGCAAGCCAGAUGCACUGGUAAGGCUGGAACAAGACAUUAAAAAGUUAAAGGCUGACCUGCAAGCCAGCAGGCAAGUGGAACAGGAGCUCCGCAGUCAGAUCAGCUCCCUCUCCAGCACUGAACGAGGGAUCCGCUCAGAAAUGGGCCAGCUCCGGCAGGAGAACGAGCUGCUGCAGAACAAGUUACAUAAUGCUGUGCAAAUGAAACAAAAAGACAAGCAGAAUAUCAGCCAGCUGGAGAAAAAGCUAAAAGCUGAGCAAGAAGCCCGAAGUUUUGUAGAAAAGCAGUUAAUGGAGGAGAAAAAAAGGAAGAAGUUAGAAGAAGCCACUGCUGCCCGAGCUGUUGCAUUUGCUGCUGCAUCUAGGGGAGAAUGCACUGAAACCUUACGAAAUCGAAUCAGAGAACUAGAAGCAGAGGGCAAGAAGCUCACAAUGGAUAUGAAGGUGAAAGAAGACCAGAUCAGAGAACUAGAACUGAAAGUUCAGGAGCUUCGGAAGUAUAAGGAAAAUGAAAAGGACACUGAGGUGUUAAUGUCAGCCCUCUCCGCCAUGCAAGACAAGACGCAGCACCUGGAGAACAGCCUGAGCGCAGAGACGAGAAUCAAGCUGGACCUCUUUUCUGCAUUGGGUGAUGCAAAGCGACAGCUCGAGAUUGCCCAGGGACAAAUCCUUCAAAAAGACCAGGAAAUCAAGGACCUAAAACAGAAGAUAGCCGAAGUCAUGGCCGUCAUGCCCAGUAUAACGUACAGUGCUGCCACCAGCCCCCUGAGCCCUGUUUCCCCCCACUACUCUUCCAAAUUUGUGGAGACCAGCCCCUCUGGACUUGAUCCCAAUGCCUCUGUCUACCAGCCCCUGAAGAAAUGAAGGCCAGCUGUGUGUUUGCCCAACCAUUUGGUUUACCAAAAGGCCUCACAAAGCAGCGUCUCUGGCAGUCAAGAUAAAAAAGUUUAUAUUGUAUUUUGUGGGACUGUAUAUGUUGUCAUUUUUAAAAAGGGGGGAGAUAACAUCCAAAUCUGAUUAGAACUGCCCAUCAGUUCUUGUAAAUUUUUUAGAAGACCUCACAGAACUUUGCAGUUUAUUUUUCUCGGCCAACACAUUAAAACCAUUCUUGGAUUUCAAGUAGCCAA